AUGGGUGGUGCCUGCACAAAGAACAAGGCCAAACAGCCCAAGCGGGCGGACCCCAAGGAGUUGGAGGAGAGGGCUCGCCGGGAAGCCGAAGAAAAGGCUGCUGCUGAGGCGGCAGCGAGGGAGGCAGAUGAGAGGGCGCGGGCAGAAGCCGCGGCAGCAGAAGCAGCUGCGGCCAGAGCUCGCGAGGAGAGGGAGAGAGCUGAAGCGGAAGCAGCCGCAGCCGCGCUGGCCGCAGAGCAGGCUCGCCAAGAGGAGGAAGCCAGGCGACAGAGGGAAGAAGAGGAGCGAAGAGCCGCGGAGGAGGAGCUGAGAGCUCAGCAACAAAUGCAGGCUGCAGAACAAAAGGAGUCCGAAGCAGAAGGCCUUGAGAAGCAACCCCAAGAGGGGCAUCCCGAGCUUGAAUUUGGGGGAAAGGAAGUGGUUGCAGAGGAUGUAGCGAGCGAAGCCACAAUGGAGACGGCUCGCCCAAUGCAUAAAAUGGCUGAAGAGCCGCAGUACGGAGCCGCUCACGGGGGAAGAAAAGCGCGCACUGUCACACCUUGCGACAUGACCGCUGUGGACGAAACGAGCAAGUACCUCAGCAAGCGGUGCGGUUGCGACAUCGGUGAUGGGCACGACGAAAACAACUGCCCAAUCUGUCAGAGCAUUGAUCUAUCCGAUGCGCCUCUCUUGAAUUGA